AGAGGUGCUCUUCUCUCUCCUUCCUAGUUGAAUCUGCCUUCCUCCUGUCUCCUCCCCACCCACACCCAGCCUGACCACCCAGCUGGCCCCGCCUUGGAGCCAGGCCCAGUUUGGUUGGGGGCCUGUGACCAUCCCUCAGCCAGGCAGCUGCCCUGCCAGGGAGGGAGACGAGAUCUACGCGGGGGAGGGGCGGUAGCACCACAUCAUCUAACAGGUUGGUCUGGCUGGGAGGCGUCUCCCUCCUGCAGCUAAUGAGUGCUGUGCGACAGGUGUUUGCUCCUCAGUCCCCAGCCUGCCCUGGCCGUGACCGGAGCCAGCUGCCUGCCACCCCUCCAAGGCUCUCUCGAUCAUCCCCAGGCCCUCCCGCUUCCGGGCCGGGGGGCCGUGAUGGCCUGCCACUCCUGCGUCGUUGGCUUCAGCAGCCUCAGCAGCUGUGAGGUGACCCCGGGGGGCAGCCCCCGGCCUGGGACCUCGGGAUGGGCCAGCUGCGGGGCCCCCCGGCCAGGCUUCAGCUCCCGCAGCCUCACAGGCUGCUGGCAGACUGGCACCAUCCCCAAGGUGACCGUGAACCCCAGCCUGCUGGUGCCCUUGGACCUCAAGGUGGACCCAGCUGUCCAGCAGCAGAAGAACCAAGAGAAGGAGGAGAUGAAGGUCCUCAAUGAUAAAUUCGCCUCUCUGAUUGGCAAGGUACAAGCCCUGGAGCAGCGCAACCAGCUGCUGGAGACGCGCUGGAGUUUCCUGCAGGGCCAGGACUCAGCCGCCUUCGACUUCGGGCAUCUCUACGAGGAGUACCAGGGUCGACUGCAGGAGGAACUGCGCAAAGUGAGCCAGGAGCGGGGACAGCUGGAGGCCAACCUGCUGCAGGUGCUCGAGAAGGUUGAGGAGUUUCGAAUCAGGUAUGAGGACGAGAUCUCCAAGCGCACAGACAUGGAGUUCACCUUUGUCCAGCUGAAGAAGGACCUGGAUGCAGAGUGUCUUCGACGGACUGAACUGGAAACCAAGUUAAAGGGCCUGCAGAGCUUCGUGGAGUUGAUGAAAACCGUCUAUGAGCAGGAGCUGAAGGACCUGGCAGCGCAAGUGAAGGACGUGUCGGUGACCGUUGGCAUGGACAGCNGCUGCCACAUCGACCUGAGUGGCAUCGUGGAGGAGGUGAAGGCCCAGUAUGACGCCAUCGCGGCUCGCAGCCUGGAGGAGGCUGAAGCGUACUCCCGGAGCCAGCUGGAGGAGCGGGCUGCCCGCUCUGCAGAGUUCGGAAACAGCCUCCAGAGCAGCCGCAGUGAGAUCGCUGACCUCAAUGUGCGUAUCCAGAAGCUCAGAUCCCAGAUCCUGUCCAUCAAGAGCCACUGCCUGAAACUGGAGGAGAACAUCAAGGCAGCCGAGGAGCAGGGGGAGCUGGCCUUCCAGGAUGCCAAGGCCAAGCUGGCCCAGCUAGAGGCAGCCCUGCAGCAGGCCAAGCAGGACAUGGCGCGGCAGCUGCGCGAGUACCAGGAGCUCAUGAACACCAAGCUGGCCCUGGACAUCGAGAUCGCCACCUACCGCAAGCUGGUGGAGGGCGAGGAGAGCCGGAUGGACUUGCCCUCAACCACUGUGGUCAGCGCUAUGCAGUCCAGAUGUAGAACUGCUGCCUCCAAGUCAGGACUCUCCAUGGCCCCUUCUCGGAAGAAGAAGAAAUGCAAAGGCCCCGUGAUCAAAAUCACCGAAAUGUCAGAGAAGUACCUCUCGCAGGAGUCAGAGGCCUCAGAGUAAGGCAGCUGAGACCAGGAACUGCAGGUCACCCGCACGCAGCAGGAGGAACUUAAGCUAGGCUCCAGAAAGCAGCUUGGAGCCUCUAGGUUGGGAGGGGAGGCAAACCCGAUUCUUAACUGAGAGGUGGAGGGUCCAACAAAGUGCCUGCUUGUGUGUGGGCUGCAGGGCUGGGACAGAAGUGUCCCCAGCUAUCUAGAACCACUCCGCUCCAAUUCAGCAUCUCACAGUCCCUCCCUUCCAACCUCUGGCCAGAGGUUUUCCUGAUGGGGUGAACUAGAAUUUAGGGUCAGUUGUCUCCACCUCCUCACUCUUCUGCAGCUCUUCCUCUAAAGUAGGGCUCUGGGCUCUGACCAAGGUCUUUUUAACUCUUUUGCCCAGUAUCUGCCCUAAACUCAUUUCUCAAGCCUUGCCUUGCCUCUGCCUUGCAGCUGAGGCCAGUGCCCAUACUCAUCCAGCUCAGGCUGUGGGCAGGGUUGAGGAGGAUGACUUGGGCCCCAUCCCGAAUCCGGAGCUCCUGGGUAGGCUUGAGUGCUGAGUACCCCCUCAGCCUGCCUGCUCCACUUGGGCUCCCCAGAGACCUGACAGUAUUAGAGAGUAAGGAGAGGGUGGUCCUUGAGAGUUUGGAACCUGAACCCGGACUGCUGAGAUCAGCCUGGACACCUGCACCACCCCCCUCCUUCUGUGGGCCCAUCCCAGAAUGUCAUAGUCAGACCAGGACAGGCUGUCCCCAGCCAGCUCCCAGCACCUUCUCCAGAAGCUAUUCUUGCCAUGAUCAACUCCUUGGGAGUGGAAGCCAGACCAAGAGGGAGAAUUAGAAUCUCCCUUCCCCCUCCCUCCAUUCUGGGGUCCACCACCUAGCCUGGGAUCUGAACUCUGUCCCGCCCCAGGUCUUUCCCAGCCUGAACACCCAGCUUUGGUGAACAGGCUUUGAAGACCCCAGCCCCACUUCCACAAUGAUACCCUGGGUCCAUUUCCCAUGAGCCCACUCCUCGGGGCCUCUAUCUCUGCACUGGGCUGGCCAGCCUGGCCCUGCCUUCCUGUGUAUUGACCAAGGACCCCUGAGGGCACAUGCACACCCAUGGGGUCAUAGCUCCUUUUUUUCUGGCCCCUCUGGCCCCUUCCUGCCUCCUUGCCCCCUUUCCUGCCUCCUACAGGCCAUGAAGAAAGCACAGUCCAGGCAGGUCUGAGAGCUUCUGAGCCCUUGAGGUUGGGCUGGGAAGCCCCAGUGAUAGACUUAAAAAAACUAAACCAGAAAGAAAAGUUCUGCCUUCCUCAAGAUCUGGGGUGGUAGGAAUGCUCCUAUUUCCUCCUCCUAGUGCUCUCUCUUUGGGGCUUGCAGGUCAAUCCUAGCAGCUCCAGCCUCCCGCUCCACAAGCUGCUUCCCUUACUGCCCUCUCUUCUCCCCUACCUGCCCCUUGUCUCAUUUCCUCUUCCAGCAGGACUUUCAUUCAUUCAUCUCAUUGCCCCUCCUAGGCCUCAAGCCCUCCAGACCCAUAGGGGGCGCUGAUGGGCUACUGACAUUCAGGCCAGGGGAAAUUGAGUCAUGUCUGAAGUUCUCAGAGGGUGCUAAUUGCUGCUUUAUCUCGGUCUCUUUGUUGGCUUCCAAGGGAGCAGAUACUCAGUGAGGGAUACAAGAUAUAUAAAGUAUGUAUUAUUUUUCAUAACUUAUAUGGCUUUUAACUUAUUGCUUCCCGCCUAUUUCUGUAUAAUCAGUGCUGUCAUGUACUUUGUGGCUAGAUGACACAUGUUCCAGCCACCCCAGCUGACUGGCUGCCUAUCUCCGGGCAAGGACACCUUCUCCCUGUCGAGGAGUGAAUAAAUAUUGAGAUCUGCCCAUGGACAAAGCUGCAUGUCUAUUUUUCUCUGACUUCUCGGGACUG